AUGGUGGCGAUGGGCGUGGACGAGGACGAAGAGCGGCGGCUGGAUGAGCGGCCCAUGCACCAGGGCUGCAUGGCGGGGUUCCUCCACCUGUUCGACCGCCCCCAGAUCCUCUCCGGCCGCCGCCUCCACAACUCGCAGCGCCGCCUCACGUCGUUCUCCAGUGGCUCGGCGACGCCGUCCGAGCGGUCAAUGCCGCUGGAGCGCGCGACGCCGGCGCCAUCGUCGCCGGACAUGACGCCGCCGGCCGCGCCGCGGCCGUCGCUGCAGCUUCCGCCGCUGGACCUCAAGGACGGAGGCGGUGGCGGUGGUUACGGCGCCGCGCCGACGUGGAGGCUGCCGCGGCUCUCGUUGGACAGCCGCGCGGUUGUCGACGCCAGGGGCAAGCUCCGGCCGCGCGAGAUCCGGACCUCGGCCGCCGCCGCCGGCGCGCCGCCGUCUCCAUCCGCGGGGGGAGGCGACGAGCGCCGGUCCCCCAGCGUGGUCGCGCGGCUCAUGGGCCUCGACGCGCUCCCGCACGGGUCACCAGGCGGCGGACGUCGAGUGCGGGCAGCACGGGCACGGCGGCGGCGCGGUGAGCCCGGCCGCGCUCCGGCGGUCCGCGUCGAGCGCGUGCCGCGGGACCCAUCGCAGUUCCGCUUCGUCGACCCGUCCUUCUUCGAGAGGCCGGCGGCGUCGCCGCUGCCGCUGCCGCCGCACCGGCCUUCGCCGGCGUCGUCCCCGACGGCCGAGGAGGCGGCGGCAAUGCGGCGGGCGCUGGAUCCAGCCGCGUCCGGCGGCGCUGCCCACGGCGAGAUCGCGCUCUACGGCGAGAUCGAGCGGCGCCUCCGCAAGCGCGGCAUCGCGGAGCCCGCGCGGGAUCUCGAGACGCUGAAGCAGAUACUGGAGGCGCUGCAGCUCAAAGGGCUCCUCCACCACACCCCUCCUCCGGCGCCUGCGCAGGCACGCACCCCUCCGCCACCCAUCGUCGUCAUGCGCCCGUCCAGUCGCGCGCCGCCGCAGAUGUCGCCGCCGGCGCGGCUGACGCCCGCGCGCCGCCAGCGCUUGCCGGACCUGGCGGCGUCUCCCGCACGUAGCCCGGCCUCCCCGGCUCGGCGUGGCUCGCUGUCCCCCCAGCGUCGCGUCUCGCCGGCGCAGUCUCCGAAGCAACAGCAGCAGCCGCAGGCUCCUUUUAGGAAGCCAAGCGGCUUCGACUCCGCCGGUGCCCGCUCUCGCAUUGCCAGCCGCGCGGCGCACAACGCCGCGGCCCUGUCCCCCGACGACGAGGCCUCCACCACAUUCUCCGACGGCGGCAGCAGCAGCUCCUUAAGCGCCUCCUCCCGGUGGGACUUCGAGCCGCAGCCGGACCCCAGGACGGACCGCGGCCUGCUGGAGCGGUGCGGGAAGCUCCUGAGCAGCAUCCAGGCGUUCACCGGCGGCGACGCGGCGGGGACCGACCAGCAGCCCAGCCCCGUGUCCGUGCUCGACGCGGCGGCCUUCCUCGCGGACGAGGACUCGCCGUCGUCGUCGUCCGGGUCAAAACGAGCCAUCGACUUCCGCAGCAGCAGCAGCGUCCGCCCAAAGGCCGCGGCCGCCACGUUGUCCGACCCAGAGGAUGACGAGUGGGCCCCAUCGUCAUGGCCCCUGGACCCGGAGGCUUGCAGCGACCCGGACUACGCGUACGUGGCCGACCUCGUCCGGCUGCUCGGUGGCUCCCGCCGAACGCGGCGGGACCCAGCCGACGCGUACAAGGCCGCGGAGCAGCGCAGGCGCCACCAACGUGGCGGCGACCCCGACGACACGUGGCUGCUGUGCGGCGCGGUGGCCGAGGCCCUGGAGUCGCAGCGGUCGGCGUGCCCCUGGGAGCCCGCGGCGUGGCUCCGCGGCGCCGAGCUCGUAGCCCACGUCUGGGCCGAGGUCCGGCGCGCCGGCGAGCCCGUCGUGGCGCGUGCCGCCGGGGAGUACGCGGACCUCAACGACGUCACCUGCAGCGCCAUCCGGCGCGACCUGGCCGCGGACAGCAGCGGCCCGUGGGGAUCCCAGCAGAAGCAGCGGCACGGUGCGGAGGUCGCCGACGCGGUGCUGCAGAUCGAGCGGCUGGUGUUCAAGGACCUGGUCGCGGACACCAUCCGGGAGCUUGCUGACGCGGACCGGCCCCUGCCACGCCGGAAGCUGGUGUUCUGA